AUGAAGCUGGAUCAGCAAUCCCCGCCUGCCAUUUGGGGAAAUCAAGAAGAGUGUUGUCAAUUCGAUCGAGAACUUUUCUCGAAUAACAGCAUAACGUGGAAAGAUAAGUAUGAAGAAACUAAAGAGUUAUUGCGAAGCUAUAAUUUAUUUUCAGACCAUUUAAUAAAUUAUAGCGUGGAUUUUUACUUCAACAAAUUAGGAUUUAACAAAUUUCAUUUCGAGGAAACAAGUCCCGAAUUAAUAAGUAAAGUAGUUGUGUGUAUAAUAACAGCCAAAAUAAAUGAACAAUAUUCAAGUGAUAAAUAUUUUCCAACGUUUGAAGAAAAACAUGACAAUGUCAUAUUUAUCAUAACACGAGUAUUUGCUGAUGAUAAUAAAACUAGAUUAAAUUACAAAAUGGAAAAAAAAAUAGAAGAAAAAUAUUUCCACUUUAGUGACAUGUCCAAAAAUUGCUAUCGAUUGAAGAGUUUUAGAUCAGUACAUUCUGUUUUCGAUAAGGAACAUACAUAUGAAGAACCUUUACGUACAUAUAUUUUAGAAUUGCCAAUUUACAGUGAUGAUAUUAUUAGUGAAAAUGAAACAAGUUUAGAAAAAUUAAUGGACAUCAAUUAUUAUAACUAUAUUAAAGGCACCAAAAAAGAAAAAAUUUACUAUGAAUUGAAUAAAUCUGUACUCUUUGAUUUGACAGGGCAAUUUAUACAGACACAUUAUUACACCACAUCAGAAAAUACCUUUUCUUUAACUAUAGCAGUAAAAAGAAGUAAUGUAAUUUCAUCUAUUUUUUCUCUAAUUGGGGAUUGUCUAAAUAUGCAUAAAUGUUUUUCCUAUUCGAAAUACGUAGAACCGCUUAAAAAUGGGGUUCUUCUAAUUAUCCUGAAUGUGAAUGUAAUAAUGAAUUCUGAACAGCAUAAAAUUAAAAAGAUCAAUGGAGGAGAGCACCAUAUGUUGUUAUUACUGGAAGAGAAAAUGAAUAAAAUUGUAAAAUCUUUGAAAACCUUAUGUUUAUUUAACGAUUCUAAGUUCAUACAAUUAUCUGUUAAGCGAAUAUUUACAGCAGAGGAAUCUGCAUACAUAUUUUUAAUUAUCAAAUUUAUUACCUUCUUUUCAACCAACUCUUUUUCUAGUUACAAAAAUGUUGAACAUGCUUUCCACCUCAGAAAUAAUACGGAUAGUAGUAGUAGUAGUAGUAACUCCAUUCUUAAUGACUUUUACAUAAUUAAGGAGAAAUUAAAGAGUUCCAAGUACACGAAGGAAGAAAUUUUGAGUUGUGCUCUUAGCAAUGUCAAAACGAUUAAGCUACUGUUCGCAAAUUUUGAAAAAAAAAUGAACAAAAGAAAAGGUCCAAGCUAUAUGCAGCGGGAAGAAUCAUCAUCAGCAGCAGCAGCAGGAGAAGAAGAAGAAGAAGUGCCAAAAGGAAUGCUUCAGUUUUCCCCAGGUUUCCAUCCCUCUACUCCGUACCACCACACGGAAAAAAGAAGCAAAGAUAUCAUUGAUGAAAUAGAGGAUAAUCACCACAAGAACAUUUUGCAAUAUUUUUAUAUAUUCGAAAAGUAUGCAGUAAAAACGAAUUUCUUUCGCAUGCACAAAAUUAGUUUUGCUGUAUCUUUUGAUGGUGCACUAUUGAAAGAUUCUAUUUAUGAUGCUGAACCAUAUUCAGUGAUCAUGGUAUUAGGGAUUCACUUUGUCGGAUUUCAUAUAAGAUUUACAAAAAUAUCCCGAGGAGGAAUAAGAAUUGUCAUAUCAAAUAAUAUGAACUCGUACAUGCAUAAUUAUAACAAUUUAUUUGAUGAAGCAUACAAUUUGGCUUACACACAAAACUUUAAAAAUAAGGAUAUUCCAGAGGGAGGAAGUAAAGGAAUUAUUCUUCUAAAUGCAAAUGUAUGUAAUGUUCCAAAUACAAAAUAUAUUAAAAAUUUAUGUUUCUAUUCGUAUGUUAACUCUAUACUAGAUUUGUUAACAGAUGAAGUAGAUGUAAACGUUAGUAAGAAAAAUGAAAAUGAUGUUCUGCAACAAAUGUUAGUUAAUUCGAGCUCAGACCAAAACUGCAAUGACACUGUAUCAUCUGGGAAUAUACGCACAGAAGAUACUCAGCAUGAUGAUAUGUUGAAACAAAUGAGUAUCUCUCAUGAUGUAAAUAAUAACAUGCAUGACAAGAACGUCACGACUAGGAAAGAGAAUUCCAAAUAUGGAGAUACAAAAGAAGAAGAAGUGGAAGAAAAAACGAGUAAGACAAAUGAUCCAGCUUGGAAUAAAGCCAAAAUGACAGAUUCACUCUAUGCCUACAUUAACGAAACUACAGAAGAGGAAGUACAAAAAAUAAUGAAUUCCAAAAGAUCAAAAGAAAAUAAAUUAUCAAAUAACACAACUGAAUUUGCAACAAAGCCAAUGAAAAAUGAGGAAGAUUUAAUUUUUUUAGGACCAGAUGAAAAUACUGGUUCUGAUCAACUAAUGGAUUGGGCAUGUAUAAUAGCAAAAAAAAGAGGAUAUAAAUAUUGGAAAACCUUUUCAACAGGGAAAUUAAGAAAAAAUGGAGGAGUUCCACAUGACUAUUAUGGUAUGACAACCUUAGGUAUAGAGACUUAUAUAAAAAAAUUAUGCGAAAAAUUAAAUAUAAAUGAAGAAGAGAUAAGUAGAUCCAUAGUUGGAGGACCGGAUGGAGAUUUAGGAAGUAAUGCUAUUUUACAAUCAAAAACAAAAAUUACAUCUAUAAUUGACGGUUCAGGUGUUUUAUAUGAUAAAAAUGGAUUAUAUAAAAAUGAAUUAAUUCGGCUAGCUAAGAGAAGAAAUUGUUCAAAGAGAAAAUUAAAAACUUCUUGCAUUCUAUAUGAUGAAAAAUAUUUAUCAGAAAAUGGGUUCAAAAUAUCUAUUGAAGAUCAUAAUGUAGAUGUUCUAGGAAAAGUGAUCAAGAGUGGAUUAGAAUUUAGAAAUAAUUUUUUCUUGAAUCCACUCAAUUCUUGUGAUUUAUUUAAUCCAUGUGGAGGUAGACCUCAUUCCAUCAAUGUGUUUAAUGUGAACAAUAUUAUUAUAAAUGAAAAGUGUAUCUACAAAUACAUAGUAGAAGGAGCAAAUGUAUUCAUUUCUGAUGAUGCAAGGAAAAUAUUGGAAUCAAAAAAUGUUAUCUUGUUUAAAGAUGCAUCUACUAAUAAAGGUGGGGUUAUAUCCAGCAGUUUGGAAGUAUUAGCAGGGUUGGUGUUGUCAGACGACCAGUUCAUUCAGUUCAUGUGUUCCUCUGAUAGCGACAUUCGCUUGGUAGAAGAAAACGAAAUUACAUUUAUGAAUCUCAAUCAGAAAAAUAACCAUUCCCUUUCCUUCACGCGCUCGAUGUUGAUGUCUGAUGAGGAAAAGAGGGCGGACGACCUGACGGACGAAGAAGAGCAGCAUCAACAGCAGCAAGAGAGGGAGGAAGAGCAGGGCCUCCACUCAGAGCACCUACAACAGCAGCAGCAGCAACAACAACAGGAGCAGCAGAAUUCGCAUGCACAAGUGCAAUCGAAGCAUGACAAGCUAGCGGUGGACAAUAACGUGUCAUCAUUCUACAAAGAAUAUGUUAAGGAAAUUCAGAAAAAAAUCAUAAAUUAUUGCGAACUCGAAUUCGAAUCCUUAUGGAAUGAGUCCAGAAGAACAGAAACAUCCAUCUCACAAGCCACGAACAUUUUGUCUCACAAGAUUAGCGAACUAAAGAAGGACAUACUAUCAUCAGACUCUUUAUGCACAGAUUACAAACUUAUGAAAAGGGUUCUUCAAGAUGUCAUUCCACCAAUUUUGCUUCAGAAAGUUCCUUUCGAUGAAAUUUUUGACAGAGUUCCUUACAUCUACCUCCGCUCACUCUUUGCUGCAGCCCUUGCAUCCAAUUAUUAUUACUCCCACCAAUUCUUAAGCGAUUUGUCUGCUUUUAACUUCUUCGAAUACAUCAGACGGCUCCAGGGAGAUGAGUAA